GUCGAAAAAUGAGGCCCAAUUUUCUUGGCCCAAUGGGCUGUUUUUGCCCUUGGGCCUUGGCCCAAAAAAGGCAAAAUGAAGAGGAUAAUUUAACAAAAAAAGCUAAGACUUUGCUUAAUUUAAGAAGUGAAAAAUGGUUAACGAGAAAGGCGAUGGGCCAUGGCGGCAACAAAGAAACUCUCAUCUCUUUUCCCUUUGUUCUCUCUCAUCUGCUUCUUCUCAGUCUUUAUCCUUCUCUCUCUUUCCAGAAAAGCCUCCAUUUCCUCUUCUCCAACUUAUCCCCAAUUCCUCCAAUAUAAAUCCGUCAUCGCCACCAAUAACAUCGGCGCCAAUGCCACCACAAGCUAUGCUUCAGGCUGGUCUUCAUGCGAUUACUCCGACGGGUCGUGGAUCUACGACCGGGAUGCGAGAUUCGAUAGGUAUGACAGUAGCUGCAAGGAAAUAUUCAAAGGAUGGAAUUGCAUUUUGAACAACAAAUCUAACGGUCGAGCUAUCCUUCACUGGCUAUGGAAGCCUCGUAACUGUCAUCUCCCGCCGUUCGAUCCGCUCAAGUUUCUUCACACUUUCAGAGAUACUAACGUUGGGUUUGUUGGCGAUUCCUUAAACAGAAACAUGUUUGUUUCAUUGUUUUGCACUCUGAGACGUGUGUCCGGUGAUGUGAAGAAAUGGCGUCCGGCUGAAGCUGAUCGUGGCUUUACGUUUCUUCGCUAUAAUCUUACCAUUGCAUAUCAUCGAACUAAUCUUCUGGCACGCUAUGGUAGGUGGUCGGCUAAUGGUAAUGGUGGUAAGUUGGAAGCUCUUGGAUAUAAAGAGGGUUAUAGAGUUGAUGUUGAUAUUCCAGAAGGCACAUGGGAGAAGGCUCCGAGCUUCCAUGACAUACUGAUCUUUAGCACAGGGCACUGGUGGUGGGCUCCUUCAAAAUUUGACCCAGUCAAGUCACCCAUGCUUUUCUUUGAAAAGGGUCUGCCCAUGAUCCCUCCCAUACCUCCUGAUGUUGGUUUGGAUAAGGUUUUAAAACACAUGAUACGAUUUGUGAAGAAAACCAUGCAACCAGAUGCUAUUAUAUUAUUUCGCACACAAUCACCCAGGCAUUUUGAAGGAGGCGACUGGGACCAAGGUGGUUCAUGUCAGCGGUUGCAACCUUUGUUACCAGAACAAGUGGAAGAACUCUUCUCAUUGAAGAAUAAUGGGACGAAUGUGGAGGCACGCCUUGUGAAUAAACACCUAUACAAGGCCAUCAAGUGGUCUAAUUUCCACAUCUUUGAUAUUACCCAUAUGAGUGAGUUCAGAGCAGAUGCCCACCCUUCCACAGCUGGAGGAAAGAAACAUGAUGACUGCAUGCAUUGGUGCUUACCGGGAAUUACGGAUACAUGGAAUGACCUGUUUGUAACCCAUCUAAACAGUCUAAAAAUUAGAAACUGAUGUGUUAUUACAAACAUCUUUUUAUUUAAAUAGUGUUUUGAUGUUCCUAAUUGACUGGAAAAUCGUAUUCCUUAUUUGUUUUUGAAACAAUUUGUUAAUUUUUAUUCAUUUAUGGUGAUGGGCCUAGAGUUAACCUGGGCUUUGUUGGAGUUACAAUUUCAACUUAUG